AUGAAUCCCGAACACCCAUCGGAUCACCCGGGAAACGAGUCUGCUCUUUUCAACUACGAUUUAAUUACUCCCCCCUCCACUCAUUCUUCGGUGUUUGAGUUCCCCACUGACCCCGUUCCUGCUCCCCUCCCCGGGCGUGAUGGUUUGGUUAGCGACCGGCCAAACCCCAAGGUCGCGAUCCCCCGAAUCGUCAACCCCAGUAUUUGGACCAGCAGCAGUCGGGUUACUCGGGCCUGUGAGAAUUGCCGUGAGCAAAAGGCCAAAUGCAGUGGUGAUCGCCCCGUUUGUCAGCGCUGCAAGGAUGCCGAUGUCCCGUGUUCUUAUGGGGAUCGGAAGAGAGAAAAGAUGCUCAAACAGCUCAGCGAUCUAACCGCACAGGUAGAAGCCUACCAGGGUCUUUUGCAAGACAUAUAUCCCAGACUGGACACGCCAUCGGCCCGCCAUGUGGACCAGACCUUAAGAGAGGUCCGUUCCAUCAACCCUUGUCCCUUUUUUGAAAUUUUCACACAUCUCAUUCUUUCUUUGCCCCACGCCAUCCCCGAGGGGACGAGUUUCGCCCUCAGGGUCGUCGACUAUACCGAAGAAGACUUCAACAGCGAUGGAAAACUACAGGCCAUGGGGUAUGUCGGCGAGCACUCGGAAAUGGCCUGGUUGUACAGACUCAAACGGGAUGGGGGGCAAGACGCCGACGCGCUGACGACCGACAAUCUCGAACCCCCUUCUAUCUCAUCCGUCAAUUAUUUCCAAGACGACUCCGAUGUAUCCGUGCUUGACGACGUGGACCUUUCGACUCGCCCUCCACAACACAUUGCUGCCCAGCUUUUUGAAAGCUACGUGAAUGCGGUCCACCCUACUUUCCCCAUCAUUGGCAUGACGACAUUUAUCGGACAAUACAAUUCCUUCUACUCGAACCCGAACGUGCGACCCGGAAAACGGUGGUUGGCGAUAUUAAAUUUGAUCUUCGCUAUCGCAACGAGGCAUUCUUUGUUGAUGGGCCUCCCGCCACACUCCGAGGCGGAGAGCCACUUGGUAUACUUUACACGAGCGUGGCGACUUGGAAUCGACAACGUGGCGUUACUUUCACAUCCGAACUUGCAACAAGUCCAGGUCGAGGGGUUGGCAGCGUUCUAUCUUUUGUGUGUGGGUCAAGUUAACAGGUCAUGGAUAAUCCUUGGUGUUGCCAUCCGAUCCGCCGUAACGAUGGGACUUAAUCUCCGUAGCGAGAGCAACAUGAUUGGUCAUCUCUCGAAGGAGAUAAGAUACCGGGUGUGGUGGGCGCUCUUCAUGCUGGAUACCGUGCUAUGCGUUAUGACCGGCAGACCACCCAGUACCAGCGAGACUUUUUGCUCUACACCUCUUCCGUUACCCUUCACAGAGGAGGAAUUCAGUGACGAGCGUAUCAUGCGACUUAUUACUGAUCAUCAAGCCCGAAAUACCUUCAUGAAUUCCCUUCAUUCCACGAACCCCGCAUUUGCGACCGGUGAGAACUUCGCCAAUCGCAUGCGCCACGGACCAUCGGGGAGCAAGGGAAAGCAGGCGGAGAGGAUUGCUCAGAGCCUUGUUCCUAAUGCUUCACUAUACUUUUUAUAUGCUGUGGACUUGGCGUUCCUUACCCGCGAGGCGGUCGAUACUCUGUACGCGCCUCGAGCGGCACGACGACCAUGGCGCGAAAUUGAAGUCCAGAUAUUUUCGCUGAAUAGUAAUGCGGACAGGUGGCUCUCUCGUCUCCCAACAGAAUUCCACUUUGUUGAAUUCCACUCAUCUCAACAUUUCGCCCGGGAACGUGCCAGCCUAGCCUUUCGCUUUUACACCACAAAAUUGAUCAUUACGCAGCACUGUCUCCGCCGCCUUGCUGAUCUGCCAGGGGUUGAUUCGCCCGGUGACGUGUGUGAGACUAUGGCUGCUAUGUGUGUCCAAGUUGCAGGACAGAUCCUGGAUCUCCUUCCUGACGAGGUAGACACGGCGUGGUUAUACAGGGUUUCACCUUGGUGGUGUAUUCUUCACCAUAUCAUGCAAUCUAGUACGAUUCUGUUGAUCGCACUUUCCACCCAAUUCCACCCCGCUAUCGUCGAAGCCACUGAUAUUGCAGUGAAGGUGAAGAAAGCCACUCGGUGGUUGGAUAAGAUGGCUGACAAAGAUCCCUGCUCGCAGCGAGCUUUGGCCAUUUACAUGGAGCUGCUCUCGCGCCAUGCCUCUCAGCUUGGAUUGAACAUUGAACCCGGGUUAGAAGCAUAG